CUGUUGGCGUUUCUUCUAAUUGGUGCCCUGGUAUCAUAUCGUCUAUCCCUCCUUUUUAAUCGUCGACGUCUACCUCUCCCUCCUGGACCCAAGGGACUCCUGCUGAUAGGGAACCUGUGGGAUGUGCCCGUAGACUACCCAUGGCUCACCUAUGCUCGAUGGGCUGCUACAUACGGCAACGUCUUGUAUCUGGAUACGCCCGGCAAUCCGACCAUCAUAAUCAGCUCGGUUCAGGCAGCAGCGGAUCUCUUCGAAAAACGUUCUGGGAAUUAUUCUGAUAGGCCGGAUUUCACCAUGUUGAAGCUGGCGGGAUGGAGCAUUAACUUUGGUUUUAUGCGAUAUUCUGAUUGGUGGAGAAAACACCGCCGAAUGUUUCACCAGUACUUCCAGCCUCGUGCGGUUCCGGCGUACUACCCCAUGCAAAUGAAGGCCACGUUGGUCUUGCUCCAACAGCUGCAUAGAUCUCCCGAUGCGUUUGUUAGGCAUGUCCACCACCUUACCGGUUCAGUCGUCAUGAAAACUAUCUACGGAUAUGAUGUAGACCCAAAUGGUGAUCACUUCGUAGAAUUGGUGGAUCAGGCUCAGGAAAGCGUUCACGCCGCGGGGAACAUGGGAGCCUUCCUCGUCGAUUAUAUCCCCAAUUUACAAUACCUUCCGCGAUGGAUGUCUGGUGCAAAGUUCUUGAGCCUUGCGCGCGCGUGGAAAAAAGAUGUCGAGGACAUGGCAGAACAGCCGCUUAAAUAUACGAUAGCAAAGGGCAACGCACCCCCUUCAUUCGUGGCGGAAAAUCUAACAAAGAAGGGAGUGCCAGAGGAUACGAAGCACCUCGAAAUCGUAAGGAAUACGGCUGCAGUUGCCUUUUCUGGUGGAUAUUUCUCCGCGCUUACCGUGUCUGUCAUCCUUUCUACGCUACUCGCUUUCCUUCUGUACCCAGAAGUACAAGCUAAAGCCCAAGCUGAGGUGGACGCCGUGAUCGGUCAUGGCACCCGUCUACCGAAUUUCGAUGACCGCCCGCAGCUGCCCUAUAUUGAUGCCAUCGUCUUGGAAGCACUAAGAUGGAACCCUGUUGCACCGCUGGGUGUUGCUCAUCGUACCAUGGAAGAGGAUGUUUACAGAGGAUAUUACAUCCCUGCGGGUGCCACUGUUAUUGGCAAUGUUUGGGCCAUGCUUCAUGACGAAAAAGACUAUCCUAACCCUCUGGUAUUCAAUCCUGACCGGUUCAUGCCCCAAGAUGGUAAAGAAGUCCAACCUGAGCCCACAGCCGCGUUUGGUUUUGGAAGACGUAUCUGUCCUGGCCGCUAUCUUCCAUUAAAUACUGCUUGGAUUGCUGUUGCAUCUAUGGCUUCGACGUUGUCAUUCUCAAAGGCGGUGGAUUCUGAAGGUCGGGUCAUUGAACCGAGUAAUACUUAUACGAGCGCUUUUGUGAGUUUUCCCGUGCCUUUCAAAUGCAUGAUCAAAGCGCGUUCGGCUGCCGUGCAAGCGUUGUUAGAUCAGGAUGGAUGACACCCUUUUUGAAUUAACUGCUUUGGUCGGAAGUCUGAUUUACGUUCCUGGCCAUCGUAGCGUGCGAUGAGCCUUUAGUAUCCCGAAGUUGGUGUAUGUGCUACCGGGUUUAUUUCUUUUUGAUCUUUUAAUACUCGUCCGUGCGGACUUUUGUACGACUAAGCAUUGUGCCCAUCGUUAUUACUGGUUCUUCAUAGAGUAUAUGCAAAGGUCCCUGUAUCUGUACUGAACGCAAACGAAGUAUAGUUUCGAGGAAAGGUUUCAGAA